AUGGCCAACUAUCUCGCCUCCAUUUUCGGAACCGAGCAGGACAAGGUCAACUGCUCGUUCUACUACAAAAUCGGCGCCUGUCGCCACGGAGAUCGCUGCUCGCGCAAGCACGUCAAGCCAUCGUACUCGCAGACCAUCCUGAUGCCAAAUCUCUACCAGAAUCCCGCCUACGACCCAAAGAACAAGAUGAACCCGAGCCAGAUCCAGAACCAUUUCGAUGCUUUUUACGAGGAUAUCUGGUGCGAGAUGUGCAAGUAUGGCGAGAUUGAGGAGGUUGUCGUCUGCGAUAACAACAAUGACCAUCUGAUCGGCAACGUGUAUGCGCGAUUCAAAUACGAAGACUCUGCACAAGCCGCAUGCGACGCGCUCAAUUCCCGAUGGCACGCCGCCCGACCCGUAUACUGCGAGCUCUCCCCCGUCACGGAUUUUCGAGAAGCCUGUUGUCGGCUGAACAGCGGCGAAGGCUGCGUGCGAGGCGGCUUCUGCAAUUUCAUUCAUCGCAAAGAACCCACCCCGGAGCUGCAACGCGAUCUUGACUUGGCAGUCAAGAAAUGGAAGGAAGAGCGCGGUCGCGACGAACGCAGUGUCACUCGAAGCCCUAGUCCAGAGCCAACUCGCAGGAGGUUUUAA